AUGGUUGCCAUAGGCGGGAAGUUCGUGCCGCGUCAGCGCAAGCGCAAGCAGCUUGAUCGCCAGCGGUCGAGGAGUAAGGGAACACAAGACCCCGAAGACACCAACGUCCUCGAGAUCGCUCCCGGACAGGAAACCACCACGGAUGCCGAAAAGAAGAAGACCGAGCUACGGGAGGAAUUGAGGCCUGCGGGCGUCAAGGUCAGCAGCAAGAAGGCCAAGAGACUCGAAAAGUACAUCGACACAAAGCUCAGGAAGGACGAGAACCGCGAACUCCUGGCCAAGCUUGCCGCCAACAAGAUUGACACCUCCCUAUUCUCAAGCACAAAAUCACUUGGCCAGACAAAAUUGACCAAAAAGGAGGAGCUCAGCCAACUUGUCAAGGAAGCAAAAGCUGGACUUAUAACAGAGAAGGAGGCGGCCAAGAAACUUUAUGAAAAGCGAGAGGUGAAGGAAGGUGCACCAGUACCAAAGCCUAAACCCACGGUCGACGAGGAUUCGGAGGGCUCGGAAGAUGAGCAGGACUCGGCAGUCGAGAAGCCAAAGAGCGCGCCAGCGGAAACAAGCGAGCCUACACCAGUACAAGCGACGACAACGUCAACAAGCCUGCCAGUACCAGUCGGUGCUGGUCUCAAGCGCCCCUUAGAGGUCGACGAGUCAGGACGCCCAAUACUUGCCAAGAGACAAAAGAGAGGAGGUGUGAAAACGAAGCACAACUUUACAUCAUCGCAAGCUCCCGCAGUCAUUCCUGUGCCGGAAGUGGUAGAAUGGGACGGUUUCAGUUCGGAGGGCGAAGAGGGUUCAGACGAUGAAGAGUCCGAGGGUAAGGACGAAGAGGGUUCCGAAGAUGAUUCAGAAGACGAUGAUUCUGCGGAAGAAUCCGACGAGGACAUGGAGGACGCCGAGGAGGACAAGAAAGCAAAAUCUUCGGCCUUCAAGGCUUGGGCACAUCAGGCGAGGAACGAAGCUUUGGGUUACAAGCCUGCCGAGUCAAACAUUCUCGAGAUACCGAAACCUGCCAACUUUACGCCUCGGCCGAUCGAACAAGAGCCUCUGCCUAUCGAGCUGCAACCAACAAAGAACGAUUCCCGCAAGGCUUUCGCCGUGGUAGUUACCAGGACACCCGAGAUCCAGGAAACUCGUUUCAGGUUACCGGUUGUUGCAGAGGAACAGAAGAUUAUGGAGGCCAUUCACGACAACGACAUUGUCAUCAUUUGCGGUGCCACCGGUUCCGGCAAGACCACGCAGGUUCCCCAGUUCCUCUUCGAGUCCGGUUACGGUGUUCCGGAUGGACCUACUCCUGGCAUGAUUGGUGUUACCCAGCCGAGACGUGUCGCUGCUGUCAGUAUGUCGAAGCGUGUUGGCGAAGAAAUGGGAGACUAUUCACAUGUGGUUUCCUACCAAAUCAGAUUCGAAGGCACCGUUGACUCCAAGACGGCCAUCAAGUUCAUGACGGAUGGUGUCUUGCUUCGUGAGGCGGCCAUCGAUAUUGCUCUUCGCAAGUACUCUGCCAUCAUUAUUGAUGAAGCCCACGAGAGAAGCGUCAAUACCGAUAUCCUGAUUGCGAUGCUCAGCAGAGUGGUCAAGCUUAGGAGAGAGUUGGCGGAGGAAGACCCCACGAUCAAGCCUCUCAAGCUGAUCAUCAUGUCCGCCACCCUCAGGGUCGAGGAAUUCACCCAAAACUCUAACUUGUUCCACACCACUCCUCGCAUCAUUGAGGUAGAAGGCCGUGAGCAUGCUGUUACCAUGCAUUUUGCCAAAAAGACAAACCACGACUACGUUGAUGAGGCAUUCCGCAAGAUUUGCAGGGGCCACAGGAAACUGCCCCCUGGUGGCAUGCUUGUGUUCAUGACCGGUCAGGGUGAAAUUGCCCAGCUCAGCAAGCGGUUGAAGGCGCGUUUUGGUGGCGGUAUGAACACCGCCAGCACCACCAAGGUGCGGAUUUCUGCGAAGGAGGCACCCAUGGAAGUCGAAGACAUCGACUUUGGCGACGUUGAGGAUGACCGCAACAUCAACGACAGAGACGAUGACGAUAUCUCCAUUGCGUCGGACGAGGAGGAAGACAAGGAGUUCGAGAUUGAGGACCAAGAAUCUGGUACAGGGCCAUUGAAGAUGCAUAUCCUACCUCUCUUCUCUUUGCUCCCCACGAAAGAGCAGAUGAAGGUGUUUGAGCCGCCCCCAGAGGGCCACCGUCUCGUCAUCCUGGCUACCAACGUCGCUGAAACAUCCUUGACAAUUCCCGGCAUCAAGUACGUUUUCGACACUGGAAGGUCAAAGGAGAGAAAGUACGAUCCUGUCAGUGGCGUCCAGAGUUUCGAGAUUGGGUGGAUCAGCAAGGCCAGCGCAAAGCAGCGUGCCGGUCGUGCCGGUCGUACCGGUCCGGGUCACUGCUGGAGACUCUACUCCUCGGCCGUUUACGAAAGAGACUUCCCCGAGUUCUCAGAGCCCGAGCUGCUUCGCAUGCCCAUCGAAGGCGUCGUGCUCCAGCUCAAGUCCAUGAACCUCCAGCACGUCGUCAACUUCCCCUUCCCCACGCCGCCACCGCGCGAAAGCUUGAUCAAGGCCGAGAAGCUUUUGACCUACCUCAACGCCAUCUCCCAAACUGGCCAAGUCACCCCCAUCGGAUCUACCAUGUCCAUCUUCCCGCUCUCCCCGCGCUUCGCCCGCAUCCUUCUCAUCGGACAUCUCCACGACUGCCUUCCCUACACCGUUGCGCUCGUAGCCGGUCUCUCAGCCGGUGAGAUCUACAUUCCCGAGAACCAAGCCAUCCCCGCCGCCGCAGUCCAAGAAGCCAAGAAGAACGACGCCGGCGGUUCAGACGAUGAAGAUGACUCCCGCGCCGUCACUUUCCGCACUACCGAAGACGUCCUUGCUGACGACCGCCGCGCCAAGAUUUGCGCCGCCUUCAACGCCGUCCACAAGAACUUCUGCUAUCUAGACGACAAGUCCGACGCCAUCAAGCUCCUCCAAGUCGUCGGCGAGUUCGCGCACGACCCCACGGAAUCCUGGUGCGACUCCCACUUUGUUCGCUUCAAGGUCCUCAAAGAAAUCAAACAACUCCAAAAACAGCUCAUCGACCUGUUGAGAACCAACAUCCCCGCCUUCGCCAACCUUUCCGUGCCCGACACGCUCGACCCGCCCUCGCAAAAACAAGUGCAAGCCCUAAAACAAAUGGUUGCCGCGGGUUUUAUCGACCAAGUCGCCAUCCGCGCUGACAAGGCCCCCACGCCGCCCGAGAUGUACCGCAAGCCCAAGCGCGCUAUUGACGUUCCUUACCUGCCCCUGAUCCCGCUCGAAGGCGAGGACGGCAGGAAACUAGAAUUGGAAGAAAAACUAGUCUACAUCCACCCCUCGUCUCCCUUAGCCCACCUAAGCGUGGACGAAUGCCCGGACUACAUCGUGUACGCCUAUCUGCAAAAGGCAGGCAACACGGGCGCGGACGGACAGAAGCGGGCCAAGACGAGGAUGCAUGCGCUGACGGACUUGACGGCGGGUCAGCUGGCGAGUUUGGCCAAGGGGACGCCGCUGAUUACGUACGGAAAGCCGAUUAAGGAGGUUAAGGGGUCAGAGAGUAAAGAUGGGAAAGAGAGGGAGGUUUGGGUGGUACCGUAUCUGAGAGCAGAAGGGCAAGGAGGAAUGGGGUGGCCGUUGCCGGCUAGGAAGGUGAAGCAGAGGAAGGUGGCCGGGCAGGGGUGGAUUGUUGAGUAGAAAACAUGGCUUUCCAUGGCGUUUUAUAUAGAUAAGGAUUUCAGAAGUAAGGUCUGUGUUUCAAGCAAUCAA